AUGAGGAAUCUAGGAAGUCUCUUUGUCUCUUUGGCGGCGGUUGUUGACUUAACGCAUGCUGCGGCGCUCAGCCGUCGAGCACCAGAUGUUGCCCCAGUAGGCCUGGCCCUGGGUGCUGCACCCUCUAUCGAAACCAGCACUUUCACGCCCUUCACUUUGAGUGAGCAGAUACCAGUGGCCACACUUGACUACGGUAUCGAACGAGCUGGAUACGCCUUCUUCACGGUGUCCAGCCUCAGCCAGCCGGUCCAGAUAGAGGUCAGGUACAGCGAGCCGUUCGCGGGUCUCGGCGGGCCAUGGUCUGAUGGCCCCUUUCUCUUCUCCCCCAUGCUCGCGAAUGGCUUCCGCGCCGAGACGUUUAACGUGACCGAAUUGGGUCGUUUUGGUGCUCCGUUGGUCCAGGGUGGACAGCGGUGGCAGUCUAUCUCCCUCAUCACUGCGGGAAGUAUCACGUUUGAGAGCGUCGGAUUCGAGGCUACCGUCGACCAGACUGCGGUCUCUGACCUUCCCGGCAGCUUUAACAGUAGCGAUGAUACGUUCAACGAGGCGUGGACGUUGGGUGCGGUGGCGGUUUCCACUGCUUGCGUAGACCGAGGAUCGCAAGGCGCAGUGUGGGGGCUGGAUUUUGACAAUGGGGUACUGGUUCGGUCGACGAAGCCUUCCCUUACACUUGAAGCUACUGAAUUCUCCAACUACACCUUGGACUUCGAUACCAACAUUGUCAGAGGCGGCAUCUGGUGGAGUGUGGCAAGCGCACCGGGGAACAAAGGCAUUCAGUUGAUGCUUGUCAGCGACUUGCCCGAGGCGACCACGUUCGUGAACACGAACAAGGCCCUCCUCCAACCAAACACGAUCCUGUUAGGUUAUGGCUUCAAUUUCCUCAACCAGUCGCUUGUCACGUCAUAUUUGCUCGACUACUUCCCUGUUCCGUUCAACGUGAGCGAGGGUGCAUGGUACCACCUGUCCACAUCCCUCUCACAGAGUGGUUACCUGUCAGUCUCGGUCAGCCAGCAGCAGAUCUUUAACGUGUCACUAUCAAGCUACUUCGUGAAUGGAAUCAUCUCCACCAGCGGCAGCUUCGGCUUUGGUGGCUGGCAGGACCAAUCAGCCCACGUCCGCAACGUGGCAGUCACAGACACCACCACCGGCGCAGCCUUGUAUUCGAACGGCAUGACUACAUCAGACGUGCUAGCCGAAUAUGGGACUCAAGCCAACGUCGGCUCAGUCUGUCUAGACGGGCCCAAACGCGACAGAAUGGUAUGGCUAGGCGACUUCUACCACACCGCCCGCAUCAUCGCAACCAGCACGUCCCGAAACGACCUGUCAAGCGGAACACUGGAGUUCCUACUCGAUACCCAGUCCAGCGAUGGGGAGCUCAGUAUUGACCCGCCGAUGGGGUAUGACCCGACCAAUACGUACAACACCACCGGUGACCUGGUAGACUACCAAUUCCUGGGGCUCGCGAGCCUGCACAGCUAUGUGAGGUACACGAACGACCUCGCCUUCGUGGGUCGCACGUGGUCCGGCUGGCAGAGGGCCGUGGCAUUUCUUUUGGGGACAAUCAGUCCUGCAGACGGGCUAGUCCACAUCCCCGUGGCCUUCCUCGGCCCGCCGGAAGCAGGGUCAGCCGUGUCGUGCCUGGCGGUGCAGGCGCUGCGCGGCCUGGCCGAGAUAGCAGACGCCCUGAACGACACAGCCUCGCAGCAGGCCUGGACCGCGGCAGCGGACUCAUUGAGUAACUCCAUCAAUGCGCAGCUGUGGAACGACGGGUUGGGAGUAUACGGCCUGUCCCUCAGCGACACGGCCGACUUCUCCGUCGCGUCCACCGCGUUCUGUAUAACCUCAGGCGUCGCAAACGAGACACAAGCCGCACGGUCUCUGGCCGCAGUCGAGGCUCAGCUGAAACUGUCUCCAGGCUACCGCGACUCGACGAUCGCAACAGGGCAGAUCUCGCCCAACACCAACGGGUUCCUCCUCGACGCGCUGUUCACGACAGCAUCAGUCACAGCUGACAACAACACAGCCAGCGGCCUCAUCACCACCGCCGGCGCGCUGGUUCGCUCGCUGUGGGGCGCCAUGUUCGCCAACGCGGCCACAUCCACAGGCGGCAGCUGGGAGUAUGUAUCGCAGACGGGAGACCCCGGGCUGGGGCUGUUCACCAGCCUCGCGCACCCGUGGGGUGGCGCGGCGACGUAUGUCCUCACGGAGAGGGUGCUAGGGCUGCGGCCCGCGGAUGGGGUGGCGGGGUUCGGGUAUGCGAGCUGGGUUGUCGAUGUAUCUGCUGGUGUGGCGUUGGGGCUGGCGCGGGCUGGGGGAAAGGUGGUGACGGCGUUUGGGGUGCUGGAUGUUAGUUGGGCGGUCGAGGGCGGUGAUGUGCUGAGAUGUGUUGUUUCGGCGCCAGCUGGGACGGUGGGUGUGCUUGCGUAUAAGGGACAGUCGGUCAGGUUGGAGGAUGAUACUGCUUACAAUGUUACUAUCAGCUUGUGA